UCAACCCCGUCUGCUACUGGGAAUGGAUACGAGAACGGACUGGAUAGCAGUCAGGGCGGUGCCGAUAGCUGUAGCAAUUCGAAGCCUGUGAGUGUGAAGCCGUUGAUUUCUGAAAACGCGUGGACGAAUAAUACACAGAGUGGCACCGACAAGGAUCACUCUGGUGGGGAAGAGGAAACUACAAGCAAACGUCGCCGCCGUAGUCGAUGGGACCCGCAACCUGAUUCCAAUGAUCAGAGUGGUGGUGAAGCCGGUGGCGGAACGAAGAAGAGGAAGUCACGAUGGGCCGAUGAUGAGCCGAAGCCGGUGAUUCAGCUUCCCGAUUUCAUGGGCGGUAUUGAGUUUGAUCCUGAAAUUCAAGCUUUGAAUAGUAGGCUUCUUGAGAUCAGUCGAAUGCUGCAAUCAGGUUUGCCUUUAGAUGAUCGCCCUGAAGGUGCUAGAUCUCCUUCACCUGAACCGAUAUAUGAUAACAUGGGAAUUAGAAUUAACACUAGAGAAUAUCGUGCCCGUGAAAGAUUGCAAAAGGAGAGGCAAGAAAUCAUUUCUCAGAUUAUCAAGAAAAACCCCGCAUUCAAGCCACCCGCCGAUUAUAGGCCACCGAAGCUUCAGAAGAAGCUGUACAUACCAAUGAAAGAAUAUCCUGGUUACAACUUUAUAGGGCUUAUUAUUGGUCCUCGAGGCAACACACAGAAGCGCAUGGAAAGAGAAACUGGUGCUAAAAUUGUGAUUCGAGGUAAAGGGUCAGUGAAAGAGGGUAGACUGCAACAGAAGAGGGAUUUGAAACCUGACCCUUCAGAGAAUGAAGAUUUGCAUGUUCUUGUGGAGGCAGAAACACAAGAAUCACUUGAUGCUGCCGCAGGCAUGGUGGAGAAACUCUUGCAGCCUGUGGAUGAGGUGUUGAAUGAGCAUAAGAGGCAACAGCUUAGAGAACUUGCGGCCUUGAAUGGUACAAUUAGGGAUGAAGAAUAUUGCCGGCUGUGUGGUGAACCUGGCCAUCGCCAAUAUGCAUGCCCUACGCGCACUUCUACAUUUAAGAGUGAAGUGGUCUGUAAGCAUUGUGGGGAUGGUGGUCACCCAAGCAUAGACUGUCCAGUGAAGGGAGCCACAGGCAAGAAGAUGGAUGACGAAUAUCAGAACUUUUUGGCAGAGCUGGGAGGGACAGUUCCAGAAUCAUCUAUAAAACAGACCAACACGUUGGCAAUUGGUUCAGGCAAUUCUGGAAGCAAUCCUCCUUGGGCUAACAAUUCUGGAUCGACUGGCGGUACAUCACAAGCUGGCUUAGGGGCUAAUCCGGUUAAAAAGGAAAUUGAUGAUACAAAUUUGUACAUUGGGUAUUUGCCGCCUACUCUUGAUGAUGAUGGUCUGAUCCAAUUGUUUCAACAAUUUGGUGAGAUUGUUAUGGCAAAGGUUAUAAAAGAUCGGAUGACUGGUUUGAGUAAAGGAUAUGGGUUUGUCAAGUAUGCUGAUAUCCAAAUGGCAAAUAAUGCAAUUAUGGCCAUGAAUGGCUAUCGCCUUGAGGGUAGAACCAUUGCAGUGAGAGUUGCUGGUAAGCCGCCUCAGCCUACUGUUCCUCCUGGUCCGCCAGCAUCAGCCAUGCCCACAUAUCCUAUUUCAAGCCAGCCAGUUGGUGCCUAUCCAUCCCAACAAUAUGCUGCUGGUGGUCCUUUAGGCGCUGCACCCCCUGGAAGUUAUGCCAGUGCCCCAGUUCCAUGGGGACCUCCUGUUCCUCCACCUUAUGCUCCUUAUGCUCCUCCCCCUCCUGGAUCAACUAUGUACCCUCCUAUUCAAGGUCAAUCUAUACCUCCAUACGGUAUUCAGUAUCCUCCAGUCCAGACAGCCCCUCCAGGUGCCCCAUCCCAGCCUGCAGCUUCUAGUGAAUCACAGCAGCAGAGUUUCCCUCCAGGAGUGCAGUCUGACAGCAGCACUUCUACUCAAUCUACGUCGGCCAAUAUUUAUGGGAGUUCAAUACCUUCUAUGCCACCAACUGCUCAACCUACAUAUGCUACAUCUUAUGGUUAUCCGCCUUACUAUGGUACAGUUCCCCCUCCACCCCCCCGCCUGCCCCUGCACCUAUCCCGACUUCAGACCCACAUGCCUUGGGCUACCAAUCCUUCU